AGUGGGGGAGCAUUUUUCAUUAAGGCAUCCCGUAUCGAGGAUAUCAAUCUGUAAACAAUGUGCGCAAUAAGUGCAACAUGAGUGACGUUAAGAAAAAAAUUAAUCAUUUAGCAGUGUUUAAGCAACGAACGAAAAAUGACGAUAAUGCCGAACUAUCUGAAAUUAUUAUUGUAUCCGCGAGAAAGACUGGAAAUUUAAACCUCUCGUCGAGAGGACUAUUUACUGUACCUAAUAGAGUAUGGAGUAUAGAUGAAUUAACUGAGGAAGAGGUGAAGAAUUUACAUUUCGAACUUGAUUAUACACACGAAGGUGAGAGAUGGUGGGAACUGGAGCCUCUCAAGAUAUUGGAUUUAAGUUAUAAUAGCUUAACUACAAUUGAUCCACAAAUAGAAUGUUUAGCAGAAUUGACUACAUUACUUUUACACAAUAAUUUAUUACAAGAGUUACCUGCUGCAAUAGGAAACUUAAAAAAAUUGAAAGUAUUAAAUUUAUCACAUAAUACAUUAGAAAAGUUACCACAUGAAUUUUAUAAACUGGUAGAAUUACAUGAACUAUACUUAAAAGAUAAUAGUAUAAAGGAGCUUGAUCCAACANNNNUUAAUUUUAUUUUUUUAUCAUAUAUAUUUAACAUAUAAAGUUAGUUUAAUAGAAAAACAGUUUCACACUGCUUCUUCCUGAAAGAUAUAAAAUUUAACAAUAAUGGCAUAUAUUUUUUGAAAAUAGCAUUGCAAAAAUUGGAUGCAAGUUAUAAUCAGUUGGAAAUGUUGCCACCUCUGGGUGAAUUGAGGAAGAUAGAAACAGUGAUGUUACAUACAAACAAAUUAACAACAUUUCCUGACAUGUCUGGUUGUACACUAUUAAGAGUACUGCACUUGGCUGAUAAUAACAUUGCUGAAAUUGAUAUGUCUUGUUUAGAAGGUGUAGGACAAUUAAAAACAUUGACUUUAGGAAAUAAUCAAAUUGAAACAAUACCAGAGGAAGUAAUAAAACUGGUUUAUCUAGAAAUUUUUGAUUUAUCACACAACAAAAUAACUGUAAUACCAAGUUAUGUAGGCAUAAUGCCUAAUUUAAAACAAUUUAUAAUUGAUGGAAAUAAUGUACAAAAUGUAAGAGCCGAUAUAAUACGAUGUGGUACAUCUCGAAUUUUAAAACAUGUACGUCAAGAUAUUAAAAGUACAAAUUUAAAUAUACAAGAACAUGUAAUAUCAGAUGCCAGUACAAAUAUUUAUCCAGAUAAAUACACAAUGCAAAGUACAAAGUUGCUCAGCUUAGCUGGACAAAAUCUUACUGAAUUACCACAAGAAGUAUUGGAAAAUGCGUGUAAAGCUGAUGUAGGUACAGUGGAUUUAAGUAGAAAUAAAUUCUCUGUCUUACCGGAUGAGCUACGUGUAAUUGCAAGAGUUGCUGAUUUAAAAUUGAUAUCUAAUCAACUAACGUAUCUACCAGAAUGGAUUGGUGAAAAAUUUCAAUAUUUACAAGUUUUGGAUUUGAGUAAAAAUUUGUUAGAAACGCUGCCUGCAAAUCUCGGUUCGCUUAAAUAUUUACAAGAACUUAAUAUUUCAUUCAACAGGUAUAAAGAAAUACCGGAAUCUGUUUCUGAUGUCAAUUCUCUAGAAAUAUUAAUAGCAAAUGACAAUUCAAUCACUGAUAUCAAUGUGCCAUCUUUACAAAAAUUACAAAAACUCGCAACAUUGAAUCUUGCUAAUAACAAUAUUGGACUUGUACCACCAGAACUUGGCAAUUUAAAAAGCAUAAAGAAUCUAUAUUUGUCUGGAAAUUGCUUCAAACAACCAAGACAAGCAAUUUUAGCAAAAUCUACAGAAGAAGUGCUUGCAUAUCUUAGGAACAGAAUACCUCACUGAAAUGUACAAGUUGUUGAAAUAUAUUGAGAUGUUUUUAUAUAGCUAGAAAAAUAUGCAGGGGUU